AUGGGCUCAUGGCACAUGGGGUACUGGGGCAUGCACAGGCAUCUCCCAGCCCAGAUCCUUUGCCCUGAACUGUAUCAUUCCCUUGCAGAUUCUGGAGGACUCCCUCUCCUCCUGCCUCUGGAUCUCAUGGAGCUGUCCCUUGUUCUGGGGAACCUGCUUAUUCUGAUCCUGACUGGGCUGCUAAUGUACUACUACAGUGCCACAUUCAGGUACUACACCAAGGUGACCGUGCUCGAUGGAUACCUCAUCGCCAUUUCCAUCGUCUCCCUGCCAUUCUUUGUUGCUCAUGGACGCACUGUGGAAAAUAUGAGAAUUAUACGUACCGUGAUGUGUCCCAUCAGAUACUUGCUUGGCAUCAAGGUCAAGGUGCAGGGGAAGGAGAACCUGGACAUUGAGGGGCCCUAUGUGAUUGUUGCAAAUCACCAGAGCAACGUGGACUUUAUUGUGAUGUUUGAGGCACUGCCAGAGCGCUGUGUGACUGUUGCCAAGAAAGAGAUUCUCUACAUGGGGACAUUUGGCCUGUGCUGUUGGCUCUCCAAGUUCAUCUUCAUUGACCGCCGUAAGACGGACCAUGCCAUCAGUGUCAUGUCAAAGGUGGCGCGGACCAUGCACCAGGAGGACUUGCGAGUUUGGGUGUUCCCUGAAGGCACCAGGAGCUAUGGUACCACCAUGCUGCCCUUCAAACAUGGGGCCUUCCACCUGGCUGUGCAGGCCCAGGUGCCUGUGGUCCCCGUGGUGUUAUCAUCCUACAACACCUUCUUCAACAGAGAGAAGAAGAGGUUCACAACAGGUGAAUGCACGAUCCAGAUCCUGCCACAUGUGCAGACCCAGGAGCUGGGCCCAGAUGAUGUCCCAAGACUGACAGAGUGUGUGCGGCAGACCAUGCUCACCACCUUCCAGAAGAUGUUGGAGGAUGCUAGGGAACAUACAUAAGCCAGAGAAUGACAUCUACACCCUGAUGACAUCCCAACUCCUGAUAAUGACAGACCCCCACACUAACCUCUGACUCCAAACAGUUACUCGCUGUCCCAGCAUUAUCCAGUUGGGAUGCAGGAGGAUUGGGUCUGCUCUCUGUAUCUCUGCUUAUCUGAAAUGUAUGGGUCUUUAGAGCACAGCAGGCCUCCUGAAUUCCCCUCACUCACCCUGCUGGAAAUCAGUGGAGCUGCUUUACCCUCUCUGCUCCACCUGGAUUGGCCCCUGGUGUCCCUCCUAUGAUUUAGAUCCACUGGGAGAACACAACAGCCCCAGAGCCACUUCCAGCCCUGUCCCAAGGGAGGAGAGGCAAGAUGAAUUUGUCUGGGAAUUUCAGGACCCCUAAGGAAGCAACAUAAAAAUCCAGCAGAAGCAUGGUUACCAUGAUCACAAGGGAAAAUGCAGUAGGAGCUCAGUUACCAUGAGCAAAAGGGGUGUUUAGUGUGAGGCCUGAUCCAAAGCAGCUUCAACAAACUUUGUUCCAGUGUCCUCUAAAGCCUCUUUCACUCCCCUUCCUAAUCCUCAGGAAAGGUGUUCCUGGCCACACUGGCAGGGGUGCACCAUGAUAACCCAUUGAACAAGGAUGGGACUUAUUCUGAGCACCCAGGCUCAGUGCUGACCUCAAUCUGGCCUCUUUGUUCUAGCUCCUUUAUUCCAGCUAUGGAGAAAUUGUGACCUGCUCAUCUAGCUGGUUUUCAGCUCAGCAUCAUAGCAUCACAGGCUGGAAGUGUCCAGAUUGUCCAACAUCCUACAAAGAAGCAGUAUUUCCUGUUCCCAAACCAUCCCCAGAGGCAUCCCCAGUCUCUUCUUGAAAAUCUCCUGUGUAGAAAAGUACAUAGCUGCCUUGGGCAGCUUCUUCCAUUGUCCUACUGCUCUGGUAGUUAGGGGUCUGUUCCUCAGAGUCAAUCUAAAUCUGCUUUGCAGCAGUCUAAAUUCACAGCAUCAUGCCCUACCCUCUGUCAUGAGAGAAACAAUGUUCUGCCUCUGCUUUAUAGCAGUCUUACAAAGAAUCAAAUAUCAUUCUUGGUCCCUUUUUUCCCAGCUAACUAUGCCUAGGUCCUUCAAUCUUUCCUUGUGCAGCUUGCAGUCACCCUAACUCACUUCUAAAGCUCACUUCAGGAUCCUCUUCAGUUUCACUAGGUCUUUCUCAAAAUGGAAUUAUAGAUUAUAUUGAUGUGCUGCCUUUCAUUCACAGAGAAAAUAACUCAUACGUAACUCUUCUGCCAGGUCCAUGAUGGCAAUAGCAAGGGCUGAGUUCUGUUUUAGGGGUUUUACACAAAAUUUUUUUUCUUGGCUUGAGCCCCCACGCAGAAACCUGGGAAAAUAAAAGCUACCUGGGUGUUCCAGCAUGAGCAGGCUUCAACACUCACAAGCAGUAUUCAACUACAGCAGGGUUUAUUGAAGGGACAAGCAAACAGGACAAACACACCAUCUUGGGAAACCCUUCCUAAGCAGUGGCUCACCUCCACCAACUAUUAACAGCUGAUCACAGUCAAGUGACCCAGAGGUCUGUCCCAUACAGAAUGAACUUGGGAGCCAAAGCAGCUGCUAACCCAAGCUUUCCAUCUGGGUGCUCACAGACAUGCAGCUCCCUGCUGUAACUCAUGGUGCUUUACAGAAAGCACCAUGAAUUACAGCG